GGAAGGGGGGGACAGACAUGGGGUCAGCGCCUCGACCCCCCCAAGGGCUCCAUGGACAGAAGAGCGAGGGCUUGUUCCCACAGCGGAAUCCCCAGUGGGGGCGCCCCGGCUGACCUCGUAGCACAGAGCGUGACUUCGGCAUUCCGGAUCUAAAAGCUGCAGCGGCCAGGUCAGGUGGCCCCCAGCUCUCAGGUUACAGACCUUCCGCCGUCCGCACCGCCGGGACUUCUUGGGUGAGAGUUUGGCAGCCAGGCACCUGCUGCAGGCCCUGAGCGGCCGCUGUGUUUGGAGUCAAGCACGGUGCCAGCAAGAGCCAAGCCCUGAGAGCUCUCUUGUGCCAGUCACUUACCUCUAGGCCUUAGUUUACUCACCUGUGAAAUGAUAGGGCUGGAUUCGGAGCCCUAAGGUCCCUAAAUGCCAGUCAUGUAACUGAGCGAAACGUUCAGUUUAUGGGUGAAGAACCGAGCCAGCAAGGGGAAGCUGCUUGUGCUGUGUCACAGGCCUAAACCUUGACUUUCAAUUCGAUAGCUCUUGCCAUUAAAUCUUUCCACCCAUCCAUACUGCGUAUGGCAGGAGCAUCACUGUGUAUGGCAGAGGCUGGUACUGGAAUAAAGCUAGGUGGCAGGAACACCCGUGUCACGUUCUUCGUUUUUCUAUUCUCAGGACCUAGUUAAGUACCCACAGGAAAUAAUAAGCAUUCACCAAAUGCUUAUUGGAGGAAAGCUCUGGCAUACCCAACACCACUGUUCCUAAGAAGUUCAAGAGAAUAUGUAGGCUUCAGUCCAGUCCCUGAAUGGCUGGUCUCCAGUUGGCGCCACAUCUGCCUGUGGGCGUUAUGCUCCCAUAUAAUAAAGCGGAAGCUCCAGGGCUCCUCUCAGCUAAGCAAGAGCCCUGUGAAAAAGGUGACUCUUCUCAGCGGUCCUCAAUGGGGCACCCAAGGAACAAUUUCCAGCAGAAGCUUUUGAGCAACAAAGAGCUGAUGCUGGAGAAUCUCUACACUCCCUCCAAAUGGAACACGUACAGCAAAGCUUGGAGCUACUCCUAUCCCCAGUGUGUUGGAAUCAGCCAGCAGGAUUCCAGAAGCAGUCCCCAGGGCCAAGCAAAGGGUUUGUUUUACUCAUCAGAUCCUCAGUCCUGGUAUCCCAAAGCAGAUAACCAGGAAUUCAUUCCCUUUACAAAGAAGCGAGUUGGGGUGGACCGGGCAUACCCACUGAAACCUGUGUUCCACAGGAAGUCUCAUAGUACGAGUGAGGCUGCCAUUGAUGGGGACCAGAAUGUCUCUCCAAGACCCCCUGAACCAAGAGGGUUUCCAUACAGCAGCGUUGGUUCAGGGAACUGGGAGAAUUCAUCUGGGGUUUGUGCUGUUGCUGCCACACAGGAGGAGAGGGCCGUGGUGGCAUAUCCCAACAGGACUGAACAGGUGCAGAUCCAAAGACUAGAAGCUGCAGGGGAGAGCUUACGGGAGGAAAUCCGAAGAAAAGAGACCCUCCUAAGGGAAAAGCUGAAGAAGACAGAGGAGGAACUCAGAAGGAUCCAGAAAGAAAAGGAACAGGCUAAGGAAAAUGAAAAAAGAGAGCUACAGAGAAUGACACUCCCCAGGAGGAGAGUUAAAGGUAAUAGCAACACCACAUACAAAUCUACCUUCUCCCCAGAACUGGGGGCUGAGGAGGUCUUCAGCAGACACAGGGGAGAGGAUGAAACUAGAGGAUGGCCUCAAGAAAAUUCUAGUCCACUCCAGUUCUCUGAUUAUGGAAUACAGAAGCUCAAAAGGGAAAGACUGGUGGCAAGCAAUAACAAAAUCCGAGACUUAGUCUCAGGGCCACCAAAAGAGUUCUCUCAGUCUUCAGGAGUGCCAGGCCGUGCUUCACAGGGAUCCACCAGCAAUUCUAGUCUGUCUAGGGCACCAGACUCCUCAGUUUCCAGCUGUUCUACCGAGGAGCCAGAACUUGGCGAAUGUAGCCAUUGUGGACGCAAGUUCCUGUUGCUCAGACUGGAGAGACACUCCAACGCCUGCAGUAGGAUGCAGAGUUCCAAGAGGAAAGUGUUUGACUCCUCCAAGGCCCGGGCCAAGGGCACAGAACUAGAGCAGUACUUGAACUGGAAGGGAUCAGCCUCAGUCCAGGCUGAACCUCCUCGGAAGAGCAACUGGAGACAGAAGCAUGAGUCUUUCAUCUGUACCCUCCGUCAGGCUCGAGAAGUCCAGCAGGUAAUUGCCAAAGGUGGAAACCCCUCAGACUUGCCUCCUAUCCUGCCUGCAGAAAAUCCAGAUUAUAUUCAGUGUCCUCACUGUAGUCGCCACUUUGCCCCCAAGGUGGCUGAGCGGCACAUUCCCAAGUGUAAGACCAUCAAGAACCGGCCUCCACCUCCAAGGAAGCAUCCCAGUUGAGCGGACAACAGUGGAAGCCUCCUUGAUAAUUCAGAAGGCUCUGCUUCUCUUCAGCAGUAAAUGGGAGUAGAAUAAUUUGAUGGAAAACAGAACUAAAAGUUUUAUACCUCCCCCAUCUGCCUGCAGAGCUUCAAUCAGUGAGGAGAGACCCUUUGCUAAGCAGCAGGAGGCAAAAGGAAGCCUCAGCUUCCCACUAAAUUACCAGCUCAGGCUGGAGUGCCUUGUUAUUGCCCUAAGAACGGAUGGCUGAAGACACUCGAGAGGCGAGCGGGCUACAUUAAAGCUCUGUUCUUGCAAGCCCGACUCGUGAUAUGUGCUGGUUAAGUGCCUGCAUUCGCUCUGCCUUCUUGCCGCUGCCUCUGCAUGUAUGUCUGUGGUUCCAGUUAACUCUUCUCUUGCAGGAAGUUGGUUCAUUACAUUGAGUUGGGUCAGAGGAUCAUGAUCACCCAGGUGGUAUCUUAUGAAAGAUAAUACGAUUUUGCCCUUAAGGCAAAUGGAAAUUUACCCUUGACCUCCCUGAUGCAUGGUCCUGCCAAAAGCUAAUACAAGUCGGUAAGGUUAGGGUGCCAGUAUACCCUAAAUCCUCCUGUGGUUACUGUGUACUAAAGGGAAACUCAUCUUUAUGUGCUUUACAGGGUAAAGGGGGGGGGGUGGGGAGCACCCUGUAUGUCUCAGUAGUUGUUCUUUUCUAAUGGAUUUCAUGUCAAAAAAAAAAAAUGAAGAAACUUCAGUUUCAGCCACUGCUAGCAUUCUGCUUUGAAAUCAGUUUGCUUGUAUGGCUUUUAAAAUGAGAACAAAAUCUACCAUCAAAGCAAGCUGAGACAUUCCCGUGGCACACGUCCCUCUCCAUUACACCACAGUAAACAGCUAUCUUAGCAAGUAAACAGAUGAAGAUACCAGAUCUUUUUAACUUUCCCUGUGCAGAAUUGUGCAUACUGCAAGUAACCUUCAUAAUUAGACCUUCAAUAAAUGGGGUUUGGAGAUUAAAAUUAAAUAAUAAAAAGAGGAAGUCCUAGAUUGGUCAAAUGGGAGAAGUGAUAAGGUAAUGCCUGUCAGGGGUAGUAUCAGUUCAGACAGGAUGAAGAUUGCACGAAAGAUCUGAAAUAACUUAUCUGAUUAUGGUCCUGAGACCAUCACUCAAAUUGUUAGUUUCAAAUAUUAGAGGGGUGCCUCAGUGGCACAGUCAGUUGAGCAUCCCACUUCGGCUCAGGUCACGAUCUCAUGGUUUGCGGGUUCAAGACCCACAUCGGGCUCUGUGCUGACAGCUCAGAGCCUAGAGCCUGCUUCGGAUCCUCUGUCCGCCUCUCCCUCUGCCCCUUCUCCGUUCAUACUUUCUCAAAAAUAAAUAAACUUAAAAGAAAAGAAAAAGAAUGGGGUGCCUGGGUGGCUCAGUCGGUUAAGCGUCCGACUUCAGCUCGGGUCAUGAUCUCAUGGUCCGUGAGUUCGAGCCCCGCGUCGGGCUCUGUGCUGACAGCUCAGAGCCUGGAGCCUGCUUUGGAUUCUCUGUCUCCCUCUCUCUCUGCCCCUCCCCCCCCCACCUCA